UUCUACUGUUUAUAAUUAUGAUAUUAGUAAUUCUAAGUCUAAAUUUGAAGUAAAUGAUAGAGUUAGAUUAUCUUCAAUAAAUGAUGUGUAUCGAAAUAAAUUAAAAACAAAUUGGUCUAAAGAAAUAUUUAUAAUUGAAAGAAUUUGUAAAUCAAAUGUGAAUUACUAUAAAAUUUAUGAUAUCAAUGGUACUGUAUAUGAACAAGAAAUUUUGUUAUCAUUAUUAUAACCACAAUAGUAGGCAACACGGGGCUGCUCUCUGCUAUCUCGUCCAUAUAAAAUUAUGAUUCGGUUAUCGUCGCCAUAAUAGAGAAAUUCCGCUAUGAGCGCCACAUAUGCGUUCGCCCAACAAAAUCGCAACAACCGUAAAAAUACGUGAACAUUUACUAUUAGGUACUAGGUAUAUAGGUAGUUUAUUGUAAAAUUUUUUUAUAUUAAUUUAAUUUCAUUAUUUAUCAUGCCGGGACACAGGUGCAUCGUACCAGGAUGUAAAUCUGGUUACGACUCCUGUGUCAAUAAAUACCAUUUUUUCACUGUCCCAAAAGAUCUGGCUAAACUUGAACUAUGGAAAAAAGCUAUACCGAGGAAAGAAUUUGUAUUUAAACCAAGGCAAGUGGUUUGUGAAUUACAUUUUCACGAAGAAGAUAUAAUAAGGACAAAAAAAAUUACAGACAUAAAUGGGAAAAUUGUCGUAGAGGCGCCAUAUAAAAUUCCUCGACUUAAAGAAAAUGCAGUGCCAUCAAUUUUCCCAAACUGUCCAAAAUAUUUAUCAAGGCCAUUAAAACAUAGAAAACCACCAUUAUUGAGAAUAAAUCCUGAUUAUAUUAAAAAAAAUAAUAAUCUGAUUAAUCAAGAAAACAUAAUUACUGUUCAAAAUAAUAUCCAACUAUUGUCAUUUUCUAGGAUUCAGGAAAAUAUUAACAGUAUAGUUAUUCCUAAAGGCUGGAGUACACAUAUUAUUGAAAAACAACUCAUAAUGUUUUCUUAUUACUCUAUUAAAAUAGAAAAACAGCCAACUUACAUACCUACACCAUUUAUAUUUAAAAGAGUUUGUGUAGGUAUUAACUUGAAUAUUAAAUGUUAUAUUAUGGAUAAAGAAAUUGAUGCACUUAAAUUUGGCCUGGAAAAAAUAUGUAGUAUUGCAGAAUUAGAAGAGUUAGUAAAAACAUUUGAUAAUUCAAGUAUUUGCAGUGGAUUUAAAGUAGAUGACGAUAUUCAAAGUCAAAAAACCUUCAUUGACUUGGCUGGUACACAAAGACACUUCAUGUGCCAAUAUAUUUUGGAAGGUUCUAAAAAGUGUGAACAUUGUACACGUGCUGAACGAAGUCUUAAUCGCCAAAAACUAAGAUUGAAAAUAAAUAAUACCCCACAUAGAAUUAGACUUUUAGUUAGCCAUAGAUAUAGGAAUCAACUACAACGACUUCGCAUGAGACACAAUGUUACAAGAAAUAAGAAAAAUCGAACCAUGAUAUUAAAUAAAAAGUUUAAAAAUAAUAUUUUUAAUUUACAAAAACAAAUUUCAGAAUUAACUUCUAUUAGCCUUGAAGAAAGAUUGCUCAAAAAUGCAGUUCCAAAUAACCAACGAAUUGCUUUGCUUCAAAUUUUAUCUGCAUCACAAGUCAAUAAUAAAAAAGGAUGUAGGUACUCUGAAGAUUGGUUGCUAUUAUGUAUACUGUUUCAUAUGCGUUCUCCUUGCGGUUACAAUUUUCUUAGAAAUCAUGAUAUUAUGCCUUUACCUUGUGUAAGGACCAUAAGGAGGUAUCUUUCUUUAAUUGAUACAAAAUGUGGAUUUGAUCCAAAAUUUAUGCAACUAUUCAGUCUUCAUCUUUCUCAAAAAGAGGAAUUUAAACGACAUGGUAUAAUUGUUUUUGAUGAAAUAUCUACUCGUGAAAGUGUAGCUGUGAAUUCUGUCAACCUUACAUACACAGGUUUGGUAGAUUUUGGAGAUGAUGGUGACAAGGGAAAAUCAUUCUCUGAUAAAGCAAACCAUGGGUUGGUUUUUAUGUUUGUACCUUUAGCAGACAGUUAUGCCCAACCAGUUGCGGUAUUCGCUUCAAAUGGUCCAACUAAAGGUGUGGUGCUCGCCCAAUUGAUGAUAAAAGCAAUCACAGUUCUUGAAAAAGCAGGUGCUUUUAUUCACGGAGUUGUUUGUGAUGGAGCAGCACCCAAUAGGAAAUUUUGGACUGAAAUGGGAAUUAAUGGAAAAUUAAACGAAGUUAAGAAUUGGUUUGAGCAUCCAACAAAUGAAAAAAGAAAAAAUCUUUGUUUUUGCAGAUACACCACAUUUGUUUAAAAAUGUUAGGAAUAGGCUCUAUAACAACAAAGAGCUUCAGGUUCAUCAAGAUGAACCAUUAAUAAAAUGGGAUCAUUUUGUAAAAGUGCACGAUUUAGAUAAACAUAAUCCGGGAAAUUUAAGAGUAUGUCCAAAAUUAUCAAUUUCACAUUUAGUGUUAAAUAGUUCAUCUAAAAUGCGUGUCCGACUAUAGCUGUGCAGGUUUUCAGUAAUUCUAUGGCAAAAAGUCUUAAAUUUUAUCGCUCCUACUGUCCUGCAUUAAAAGAUUCCAUAGCUACUGAAGAUUUUUGUUUAAAAAUAAAUGAAGCGUUUGAUUCAUUAAAUCUGAAACAGUUAAAUAAAGGAAUGUCACCUAACAGUCAUGAUUAUAAAGUAAAUAUUUUAAAUUUUGAAAACUCAAAAUACUUGAAAAAAUAGACUACC